CUGGGCCUCGGGGAAGCGGUCCCGGAACAGCGACGCCAGGAGCCCUUCAUCCUCCACCUCGCCGAGAGCCGCUGCCGUGGCCGUGGCUGACGAUGGGACAGUCGCCGCGGUAGCCAUCUUCCCAGCAACGUCACUUCCCCUCCAGACCACCGGGGGCGCUGACUCCGAAUUUAGGACAGGAAGAAACAGGACCAUUUCCGGUCUCUAUCUUUUCUCAUCCGGUCGGCUUGCUUUCCCCGGCUGUCGUCCAGACUAUUGGGCGCUAGCGAGAGGAACUAUUGGUACGGGGCUAGAGAGGAAGGCUUUGGAGUUGCCGGGGAGCAGCGAGCGGCCGACUUCCGUUUCCGUUACGGAGGCACGAGGAUCCGGUGUUCCAACCCAGGGAGAAAAUGCGGCCUUUGACUGAAGAAGAGACCCGUGUCAUGUUUGAGAAGAUCGCGAAAUAUAUCGGGGAGAAUCUUCAGCUGCUGGUGGACCGGCCCGAUGGCACCUACUGUUUCCGUCUGCACAACGACCGGGUGUACUAUGUGAGUGAGAAGAUUAUGAAGCUGGCCGCUAAUAUCUCCGGGGACAAGCUGGUGUCGCUGGGGACCUGCUUUGGAAAAUUCACUAAAACCCACAAGUUUCGGUUGCACGUCACAGCCCUCGAUUACCUUGCACCUUAUGCCAAGUAUAAAGUAUGGAUAAAGCCUGGUGCAGAGCAGUCGUUUCUGUAUGGGAACCAUGUGUUGAAAUCUGGUCUGGGUCGAAUCACUGAAAAUACUUCUCAGUACCAGGGCGUGGUGGUGUACUCCAUGGCAGACAUCCCUUUGGGUUUUGGGGUGGCAGCAAAAUCUACACAAGACUGCAGAAAAGUAGACCCCAUGGCGAUUGUGGUAUUUCAUCAGGCAGACGUUGGGGAAUAUGUGCGGCAUGAAGAGACGUUGACUUAAAGUCAUUGCAAGAACAGGCGGCUGUAUGGAAGGGCCGAGCGUUGUUUCCUGUGUUUGUGUGGACUCCACCGUGUUGAAUUUUGUCAACACUCUGACCUCUUCGGGACUUCUUGUUUACUGUACUCUCUAUCAUUGACAAAUACAGGCUGGAUUCUUAUUAUAUACAGAGAUAGCUCAAAAAUGGGGUUUCAGACCUUUGUGUUUGUGAUGAAAUAGAAUACUCUGUUUCAUAUUUGAAUCAGAGGGCUUCUUGUUCUGAGAAAUAGGUUCAAAAUCAUUGGAACUAGGAACAAGAAUAGCUUGUUAUCUGUGAUAACACUUUGUUUUCUAAACUCAUGAUAAGAACACAGGGAUUGUCUUUUUUAUUAAUAUGCAAGAUAGAUAUUUCCAUAACAGAAUAAUAAACCACAUGUGGGGUUUUAAAAAUGAAAUUUGUCUAAAACAGUAAGAGCAAUUCAGCUAUUUUUCCAUACGAUAAUUGGUGUGUGGUAUGAAAGAAAAACGUAAUCAAACCCCACUUCUGCCACCUACCAGCUAUAUGGCCUCGAAUGAGUCAUUCAGCUUUAAUAAGGUUUGUUUUCUUCUGUUUAAAAAGAUACAAAACUUAAAAAAUAGCUUUGGCCAUCUACCUGAGAAUUAGAAAUUCUGAUUUUUGGAAUUAGAAAUCAUGAUUGUAGGCUGGGCACAGUGGCUCACGCCUGUAAUCCCAGCACUUUGGGAGGCCAAGGCGGAUGGAUCACUUGAGGUCAGGAGUUUGAGACCAGCCUGGCCAACAUGGUGAAACCCCAUCUCUACUAA